CGUCGAAACCUCUUUUCCACCAUGGCCACCUAUAUCAUGCGCCCACCAACUAUUCGCAAUACGUUCUGUCGCAUCACUCCCACUGUUCUGAACUGCCGCCGUUCAGUAACUACCCCAGCAUAUCCUGGUCACAUACCUUUAAAUUGGACCGAGAACGCAUUUUUGGCGGUCGGUUCAGGCCUCAUGGCGUUGAUAGACCCGAAACGAGCAGAUAUGGUAGCUGCCCUCGGAGAAACUACAGCAGGACCUGCUCUCCCUCGUUUACGCGACAUCAUGCUCAAAAGCCCUGAAGGCAGACAGAUCCUCAAGGACAGACCAAGAAUAAAUACGAAUACUGUCAACAUGGAAGCCCUUGCAAGGUUACCCGAAGGAACUUUUGGUCGUUCGUAUAUUACCUGGUUAGAAAGAACUGGUGUCACUCCCGAUACACGAACGCCUGUUCACUACAUCGACGACCCAGAACUGGCCUACGUCAUGCAACGAUAUCGGGAAUGCCAUGAUUUAUACCACUGCAUUACCAACUUUCCCGUAAACGUCGAGGCUGAAUUGGCAGUCAAAUAUUUCGAGUUUGUCAACUUGGGACUUCCGUUAGCCGGUCUAUCCGCGUUAUUUGGGCCUCUAAGGUUGAAUGCGGCUAAAAGGAAACGUUUGUUCGGAGAAUACGUUCCUUGGGCACUCAAAUGUGGAAGUAGUGCACGGUGCCUUAUUUCAGUCUACUGGGAGAAACGGUGGGAGCAGAACACGGAGGAACUCAAGAAGGAACUUGGAAUCUGGGAUGCACCUCCUGCGAGGUGGGGUAAACCUCUAAAUGAGGCAAGAAUAGUUACUGAUCAGAAGAAUUUGGAGGCAACAAAGGUCGGGCAACUAUGAUAAGUGGAAUAUUAUUGUUAUCGGAUCGCUUGUAUCGCUCAACAACCACCGUGAAAGAGACCAUCAAACGUGUUCAUGAGUUAAUUUAUAGGUGACAAACACCGAAACGACAGGCGGACGUUCUGUCCGGAUUGAGUAUUGAGAGUCCAAAUUUCGUUCCGCAAUACUGGAUUUUUUACACACGCACCCAACCUGAUCCUCGUGGACUAUGGGUUCUAUCCUUUCUUUCAUACGGUCUAU